ACUAUUCCGCUAACCCAACGCGUAUUGCACUUACAAGAGUUGUAUCUAUUUCAUUUCGAUGAAGUGCGCACUCUGAAACUUAUUAAGCGUAGAACGCAGGUUCAAGUAGUUCUGAUUGGUGGAAGCUAUUUUCAGACCUUCACAAGAAUAUAUAGAAUGUUUUCAUAGCAACCAAUUUCUUAUUUAGAAUUUGUUUCACGACUGACUAGUCAUAGUCCAAUUGGACGAUUUUAUAUCAAUUCAGUUUAAAUUCUUAUAUUUUUAGUUCGCUAAAGGGGCGCUAGAUGUCGCUGCGUGUACGGUUUGAUUUCCAAAACACCGUGUUCGAUGUGUGUCAAACGUCAACAAUCAACAAGAAGCAACAAACGCAUCAAUCCGUGCUGACCCAGCGUGGGAAAACAAUCAACAAAUGCCAAUUAAGUGUGCGGCGGGCAGCGAUCGUGUGGUUUUCGCGCGUUGCGGGGGCGUGCGCGCGUCCAAUCUCGGCGUGAUCCUCAUCGCGCGCAGCAUUCGCCGAGUGCCACCGCCGCCGACGAUGGGUUAGGCACGGACGGCCGUUGCUGGUGUCUGGUAAAAGUGCGAGCGAUAUCUAGCCGCACCAGGAUGUCCGGGCAUGCGGUCGUCGUGUGGGAGUACGAGCAUCGCGCCAACUACUGGAAGCCGUACAGUCCGGCGGUCACACAGCAUCUGGAACGUGCGAAUGUUAAACAGCUCACCAGGGUGCUGCUCUCUGACGCCGACCCCCAGCUACUCAACUACUAUGUUAACUUGCGUACGCUUAUGCAGGAGCUGGAAGACUCCGAUAUUGUAGUGAAGGUCAGGAGAAGAUGCUACCCCCAAACAUCUCCUGCUGGUAAGGGUGCUAAGUGGGAAGUGGCCAGUACAGACUGCAGCAAUGAAUGGCAUGCAUUUGAUAUGGAUAUUCAGUGCUUGAUUGAAGAAGCUUGGGCUAGAGGAGAUUUAACUAUUGAUAUGAGUAAAACACACCUUGGAUUUCCCUACAUCAUCAACUUUAGUAAUCUGACACAAAAGUGGCUAACAAAUGGCUAUGUAAGGAAUGUGAGAAGAAUUAAACAGGCUCCAUAUCCUUUGAUUAAAGUCAGACUGGAGGAAAUGUCUACAGUUAUUGGCCGUCGCACCGCCGAGGUGAGGAAGUCGACGAGGAAUCUCUCGAAUUGUGGUGGCAAUCCUUCCGGUGGCAAGAAUCAGCAUAAUAACAAUAAUAAUGUGGCGCCAACGAACACAUCGGAGAAAAAGAACGCCGCGACGAAUGGCGCUGCUGCUCCAAACAAGAAAAAGUCGGGAUCCAAAGGGAAGAACAACGAUAGCAUCAAUUUAGCGAAAGCCAUUCUACACAACUUGAAUAUUUUUGGUCACAAAUCAAGCAGCAACAGUAAUAAUAAUCCAACGCAGCUGCAGAAUCAAAACACGAAGCGUAAAGAUGCAGGUGCAUACGUGUUGGACGUCGAUAGUUCUAGUAUCAAGUCAGGGCGACGUCCUUCCCUGGACACAGUCUCGACGUAUUUAAGCCAGGAGAGUCGUGAAAGCCAAGCGACUGUCUCCACUGCAGAUUUGCUUACCUGCGUGCCGGAUAAUGGCACGAGCGAGGAUCGGCACUGCUCCGAUAUCGUCGGAAUUGAUGAUGCCAGUUCGAUUAUUUCGAAAUAUGUGCGCGUUUCGAACUCGUCAGAGUGGGCGCCUCGCCAGCCGUGUCCAUCAUGCCGCCUGCCGUUGAAAGCUUCGACGAUUGUGGUGGCGCUGCCAUGCAAUCAUGUCUUGCACUUGGAUUGCCUGAACUAUUCGCUCACUGAACAACAGCAGCUGGGAUCGCAUAUGCACAUUCAGUGUAAUGUGUGUGGUUGUGUGUUUGGGGAGAAGCAUGGUAAUCAACCGGCGGGGUCGAUGGAUUGGUGCAUACAGGAUCGUAGCCUGCCCGGUUAUCAAAAUUUUCGGACUAUACAGAUUCGUUACAAUAUUCAAAGUGGAAUCCAGGGUGAUGAGCAUCCAAAUCCCGGUCGAGAAUAUUACGCUGUGGGUUUUCCUCGCACUGCAUAUAUCCCGGAUUCGCCGCAUGGGCGCAAGUUGCUCAAACUCCUGCAGAUCGCCUGGCAUCGUCGGCUGAUUUUCACCGUCUCGCGGUCACAUACAACCGGUUGUGAGGACGUCGUCGCAUGGAACGUGCCGCACAAAACCGAAUUCGGACCAACAACGAACGAUGCCGGAUAUCCGGAUCCCAACUACAUCCCGACGUGUUUCCGUGAGCUGGAAGCGCUCGGUAUCAUCGACGACGACGAGGAGUACGAGCGCAUUAUGAUCAGUAGAUGAUCGCGCACAAGUCUAGAUGAAAUUCACCGGAAUGAAUAAAAAUGUUCUUGCCAUGUUUUUGCCACGAAUAAUAAAAAAUGUUGCAAUAGUUUCUACUCUAGCGUCUUCCGAGGUGUACGUGGCGGCACGCAACUUUGAAAUUUUAUUGACAUUGUUACCAGAAUCAUUUUACUGUUGGUGGCAAAUGUUCAAGAUCACCGAGAAAAUGUAGAACGUAGUGCAAACGCAUAGUAUUAGCCUGGGAACGCGUGGAUUAUACAUACAGUAUUUAUGCAACGAGUGAACGUUUCUGAAUGUUUAUCGCAGAUUAAGAAUUUAGAUUUAGAAAAAGAAAAAUACUGAGCAGCUGAGAGCUUUAUAUGAAUAAUGGCGUGGAGCAAUACGGAAGUGCUUUAUAUUUAUAAUUAUAGAAAAAAGUUGGCGAAGGAGAAAUCAGAUUGUAUUUGAAAAUUUUAAAGAAAUUUAUAUUUUUAUAUAAAAGUGACACGAAUAUGCAAUUAUAUUAAGUUAAGUGUGUAGAUAAAGCAUCAAAUUCUAAACAAAUCAAUGCAGAGAUUUUAAAAAUCAAGUUCUAUAAAGUGUCUUAUGUAAGUGCAAAGAGUACAAUACGAUUCCAUUAAAACUAUAAAGAAUA